GCCGGGCGGAAGCGCGGCUCCGGGCCAGGAUUCGCGAGCUCCGCCUGGAGCUGAGUUCGGAGCCUCAGUGUCCCGGACGCCUGUGGUCCGCGUGGAUGCUUCUCGGCGCUGCGCCUCCGCGGUUCGGGAAAGCGCGCGGGAAUCGGCGCGGCGGGAGAGCUGAGACUCCGGGAUUCCUGAGAGUGAAGGCCCAUCUUGGUGGUUGAAUUAUGUGUAGUAAUUCAUGCGCCAACUGUCACAGCAGCAUCAUUGAAAAAGAGUGACUACUGAUGGUCCCCACAGAGUCCCAGCUCUAUCAGACUGUGUCCUCAGUGUGGUGCCAACAGGAAGGAGUAGAACGUUAAGAUGUGGGGCCUCGUGGGAGUCCACACUCUGUUCCUGCACCCUGGCUGAGCCGCAGGCCCAAUGGACGAGCAUGGACUGAAACCUUCAAACCAUAGCCAAGGCCAAGAAAUUGGAGCAUGGCUGUGAUCAGCGGAAGUGAUUCUAUGCUUCUGAGCAAUGGCAGCAUCUCAACCAGCACUACCAACCCUAGUCCCCUCACGCCCAGUGAUGGAGACGUCACAGCCCAGCAGUUCACACCCCGAGAAGCCCCAAGAACAAAAGCGAGUCCAAAUGGAUGCCUGCAACUUAAUGGCACAGUUAAGUCAUCCUUUCUGCCCUUAGACAACCAAAGAACACCUCAGAUGUCAGCUCAGUGCUGCCACCCUUGUCCAUACCAUCACCCUGUGACCGGCCAUAACAAUCACCAAGAAUGCCAUCCCGAGGCUGGCCGUGCAGCAGCCUCUGCUGUGGCCUCAUGUUGCAUGCAGCCACAUUCCGAAUACUCUGCAUCUCUGUGUCCAAACCAUUCACCUGUGUAUCAGGCUGCGCACUGCCUUCAGCCCUCGCCAUCUCUCUGCCUCCAUCACCCGUGGCCUGACCAUUUCCAGCAUCAACCUGUCCAGCAGCACCUGGCCAUCAUCAGGCCAUCCAGACCUUUCAAGUUCCCGAGAAGUUACGCAGCCCUGCUAGCCGACUGGCCCGUGGUGGUCCUGGGCAUGUGCACCCUGCUCAUCGUGGUCUGUGCCCUGGUGGGGGUCUUAGUCCCAGAGCUCCCCGACUUCUCUGAUCCUCUGCUGGGUUUUGAACCAAGAGGGACUGCAAUAGGACAGAGGCUGGUCACAUGGAAUAACAUGAUGAAAAAUACAGGAUACAAAGCAACAUUAGCAAAUUAUCCUUAUAAGUAUGCUGAAGAGCAAGCCAACAGCCACCGGGAUGACAGAUGGUCCGAUGAUCAUCAUGAGAGAGAGAAGAGAGAAGUAGACUGGAACUUCCAGAAAGACAGCUUUUUCUGCGAUGUUCCAAGUGAUGGAUACUCCAGAGUGGUGUUUGCUUCAGCAGGAGGGGAGACUCUGUGGAAUUUACCUGCAAUUAAGUCAAUGUGUGAUGUGGAUAAUUCCAGGAUCAGAUCCCAUCCCCAGUUCAGCGACCUCUGCCAGAGGACCACUGCCGUCUCCUGCUGCCCCAGCUGGACCCUGGGGAAUUACAUCGCCAUUCUGAAUAACAGGUCAUCCUGCCAGAAAAUUGUCGAGCGAGAUGUCUCCCACACGCUGAAGCUGCUUCGGACCUGUGCCAAGCACUACCAAAACGGCACCCUGGGGCCAGACUGCUGGGACAAGGCGGCCAGAAGGAAGGACCAGCUCAAGUGCACCAAUGUGCCACGCAAGUGUACCAAGUACAACGCCGUGUACCAGAUUCUCCACUACUUGGUAGACAAGGACUUCAUGGCCCCAAAGACAGCUGACUACGCUGUGCCCGCUUUAAAGUACAGCAUGCUCUUCUCCCCAACCGAGAAAGGGGAAAGUAUGAUGAACAUCUACCUGGACAACUUUGAAAACUGGAACUCUUCGGAUGGCAUCACCACUGUCACUGGGAUCGAGUUUGGCAUCAAGCACAGCUUGUUUCAGGACUACCUCCUCAUGGAUACUGUGUAUCCCGCCAUAGCCAUUGUCAUCGUCCUUCUCAUCAUGUGCCUCUACACCAAGUCCAUGUUCAUCACCCUGAUGACCAUGUUCGCCAUCAUCAGCUCCUUGAUUGUCUCCUACUUCCUCUACCGAGUUGUGUUUAACUUUGAAUUCUUUCCUUUUAUGAACCUCACCGCACUCAUCAUCCUGGUUGGCAUCGGUGCAGACGAUGCCUUUGUCCUGUGUGAUGUCUGGAACUACACCAAAUUCGACACGCCCCGUGCAGAGACGUCAGAAGCGGUGAGCAUCACCUUGCAGCAUGCUGCCCUCUCCAUGUUUGUCACCAGCUUCACCACUGCCGCUGCCUUUUACGCCAACUACGUCAGCAACAUUACGGCAAUCAGAUGCUUUGGGGUGUAUGCAGGGACUGCUAUCCUGGUGAAUUAUGUCUUGAUGGUCACCUGGCUUCCGGCUGUCAUUGUUCUGCACGAGCGGUACCUGCUCAAUCUGUUCACCUGCUUCAGAAAGCCCCAGCCCCAAGCCUAUGACAAGAGCUGCUGGGCAGUGGUCUGUCAGAAGUGCCGCAAGGCGCUCUUCACUGUAUCCGAGGCAUCGCGGAUCUUUUUUGAAAAGGUGUUGCCAUGCAUCGUCAUCAAGUUUCGCUACCUUUGGCUCAUCUGGUUCCUUGCCCUGACUGUGGGUGGGGCCUACAUCGUGUGCGUAAACCCAAAGAUGAAGCUGCCGUCGUUGGAGUUGUCCGAGUUCCAGGUGUUCCGGUCCUCUCAUCCUUUUGAGCGCUACGAUGCCGAGUUCAAGAAGCUGUUCAUGUUUGAGCGGGUUCACCAUGGAGAGGAGCUCCAUAUGCCCAUCACAGUGAUCUGGGGCGUGUCCCCAGAAGACAGCGGUGACCCUCUGAACCCCAAGAGCAAAGGGAAGCUGACACUGGAUAGCACGUUUAACAUCGCUAGUCCAGCCUCCCAGGCCUGGAUUUUGCACUUCUGUCAAAAACUGAGGAACCAAACCUUCUUCUACCAGACCGACCAGCAGGACUUCACCAGCUGUUUCAUUGAGACCUUCAAACAGUGGAUGGAAAACCAGGACUGCGACGAGCCUGCCCUGUACCCGUGCUGCAGCCACUGCAGCUUCCCCUAUAAGCAAGAGGUUUUUGAGCUGUGCAUCAAGAAGGCCAUCAUGGAGCUGGACAGGAGUACCGGGUACCAUCUGAACAACAAGACCCCCGGGCCAAGGUUUGACAUCAACGACACCAUCAGGGCCGUGGUGCUGGAGUUCCAGAGUACCUUCCUCUUCACACUGGCUUACGAGAAGAUGCAGCAGUUCUAUAAGGAGGUGGACUCCUGGAUUUCCAGUGAGCUGAGUUCAGCGCCCGAGGGCCUCAGCCACGGCUGGUUUGUCAGCAACCUAGAGUUCUAUGACCUGCAGGACAGCCUUUCCGACGGCACCCUCAUUGCCAUGGGGCUCUCGGUGGCUGUUGCCUUUAGUGUGAUGCUGCUGACCACAUGGAAUGUCAUCAUAAGCCUUUAUGCCAUCAUUUCCAUAGCUGGGACCAUAUUUGUCACAGUUGGGUCCCUUGUGCUGUUGGGCUGGGAGCUGAACGUGUUGGAGUCUGUCACCAUCUCGGUUGCAGUUGGCUUGUCUGUAGACUUUGCUGUGCACUAUGGGGUGGCGUAUCGCUUGGCUCCAGAUCCCGACCGAGAAGGCAAGGUCAUCUUCUCUCUGAGCCGUAUGGGCUCUGCCAUCGCCAUGGCUGCACUAACCACCUUUGUAGCCGGUGCCAUGAUGAUGCCCUCCACGGUGCUGGCCUACACCCAGCUGGGCACCUUCAUGAUGCUCGUCAUGUGCAUCAGCUGGGCCUUCGCCACCUUCUUUUUCCAGUGCAUGUGUCGAUGCCUUGGGCCACAAGGCACCUGCGGCCAGAUUCCUUUACCUAAAAAGCUCCAGUGUCGUGCCUUUUCCCACACCUUGUCCGCAAGUCCUAGUGACAGGGGACCAAGCAAAACACACAAUGCAAGUGCUUACCGUGUAGAUGCUAGGAACCAAAAAUCGGAACUGGAACAUGAGUUUUACGAGUUACAGCCCCUGGCAUCUCAUGGCUGUACUGCCUCAGUGAAGAACACUUACGAAGAGCCACACAUCUGCUCUGAGUUUUUCAAUGGACAAGCAAAGAACUUAAGAAUGCCUGUGCCUGCAGCCUACAGCAGUGAACUCACCCAAAGCCCCAGAAGUGAGCCAGGCUCAGCCUUGUUACAGCCCUGUCUGGAGCAGGACACCAUGUGCCACUUCUCUCUCAGUCCGAGAUGUAGCUGCCCAAAUGCCUACACACAUUUAAAAUAUGGCCCGCACUCUUGUCAGCAGAUGGGUGACUCCCUAUGUCACAAGUGUGCUCCCACUGCUGGCAGCUUUGUCCAGAUUCAGAAUGUAGUGGGGCCCCUGAUGGCCACACACCAGGCUGCUGAGCGCCUUCUGCAUCCCAUUCAGCACAUGUUGCCACCAGGGAUGCAGAACUCUCUGCCUAGGAAUUGUUUUCUCCACCCAGUGCAGCACAUUCAGGCCCAAGAAAACCUCAGCCACAGCAGCAUGCACAGUCUGCAGAAAGUGGAUGAGCAUCUUCCCAGGACAGCAGGGCCAUCACCGUCUGCCGGCAGGAGCACUGAGUGUUUCCAAAGAGCUUGUUGCAAUCCUGAGAAUAACCAAAGGGGACUCUGCAAAAGUAGAGACGCAGGGGACACAGAGGCCAGUGAAGGGACUGAAACCAAGGCCUCUAGUUUACCAAACCAGACUGACAGGGCAGAGAAGGCGGAGCCAAGCCUUCUGCGGACUGACGAAAUUGUGAAUUCAGAACAUUUAAAUCCUAAUGAACCAAAACUUAUACUCAGCCAUUUAAUAGGGGAGGCUGGCUGCAGGUCCUGCCCAAACAGUCCACAGAGUUGUAGAAGCAUCGUGAGACUGAAGUGCGGGUCUGCAGACUGCCAGAUGCCAACCCUUGAAGCCAAUGUGCCUGCUGUACCAACACACUCAGAACUGUCUGGCAAAAGUCUGUUAAUAAAAACACUAUAAUAAAUCCAGCAUUGCAUUCAGAGACUCUGCCUCUGUCAU